AUGUCUCAAGAUCCAUCUUCGUCUUCUUCAACCUCGAGGUAUCCUGACGCCAAAGCUCCUCUUAGACGAGAGAUCCACGCUCCUAGCAGGGGAGACCUUAGAUACGGAUCGUCACCAAAAGCUAAACCUAAACCUAACAACUGCUGUGAGAAGGGAGACUUCUUCACUCGCGAGUAUGAUAACGCCAAGAGAACAGCUUUGAAUGCUUUCAGGUUCCUUAACAAAGACAAAGAGUUAAUCGAUUUGGAGGAAGAAGAAGAAGAAGCAGUUUCUCAAGGUUCAGUCGCUGAAGUUAUUGAUUGUGAUGAUGAGGAGAGGAAUAUUCAGACUCCUUCAGACUCUAAAACCGUUAGAGUUGAUGACACUAGUACGAUGCUUGAUUCUUUGUCUUUAGGUAGACAGGAGACGACUGAUGCUUCCAGCCUCCAAGCCUAUAGGAAGCUUUUGCAGAGUGCUGAGAGGCGGAACUCGAAGCUGGAAGCUUUGGGGUUUGAGAUUUUGUUUAAUGAGAAGAAGUUGUUGCAGCUUCGCAACUCUCGUCCAAAGCCUGUGGACAAGAAUCCUCUCAAGAAGGUACCUCAUCAACCCUUUAUACCACUCACAAAGGAGGAGGAGGCUGAAGUCUACCGUGCCUUUUCUGGGAGAAACAAGAGAAAGGUCUUGGUGACUCAUGAAAGUUCAAACAUUGAUAUUACUGGAGAAGUUCUACAAUGCCUUACACCAUCUGCAUGGCUCAAUGACGAGGUUAUCAAUCUCUACCUUGAACUUCUCAAAGAAAGGGAAACUAGAGAGCCCAAAAAGUAUUUGAAGUGUCAUUUCUUCAAUACCUUUUUCUAUAAAAAGCUGGUAAGCGACUCUGGCUAUAAUUUUAAAGCUGUUAGAAGAUGGACUACGCAGAAAAAGUUGGGAUAUGCUCUUAUUGACUGUGACAUGGUAUUUGUUCCCAUCCACAGGGGUGUACAUUGGACCUUAGCAGUUAUUAAUAACAGGGAUCGCAAGUUCUUGUAUCUCGAUUCGCUAAAUGGAGUUGAUUCUAAGAUUUUGAAUGCUCUGGCAAAAUACUUGGGUGAUGAAGCUAAGGAAAAAAAUGGAAAAGACAUAGAUGUAAGUUCGUGGGAAAUGGAAUUUGUUGAAGACCUUCCCCAACAACAAAAUGGGUAUGACUGUGGAAUGUUUAUGCUCAAGUACAUCGACUUUUUCAGUAGAGGCCUAGAGUUAUGUUUCAGCCAGGAGCAUAUGCCAUACUUCCGGCUAAGAACAGCUAGGGAGAUUCUGAAACUACGAGCUGACUAA